CAAUCUCAUUAGUACAGAAUGCCCAGUGGAUUUAGUCUGUGAGAGUCACAUUUCUUACUUGGACCAGUGUAGACAGAAGCAAACCCAGCUCACUCGUUUCCUGGGACAGUUGAUUUAGGAGAUGGCGAUCGCAGAACAUUUACCACUGACCCCUCACCUCCGGGACCUCUGCACCCGUUCUAUCUGGCUAGCAAGGAAGAUUCAUUCAGACCUGACUGCUAUUAUGGAAUCAUACGUUAAACAUCAGGACCUGAACAAGAACAUGGACCUGGACUCAGUGGAUGGCGUGCCGAUGGCAAGCACUGAUCGGUGGAAUGAGCUGACCGAGGCAGAGCGACUCCAAGAGAACCUCCAAGCUUAUCGUACCUUCCAUGUUAUGUUGACCAAGCUUUUAGAAGACCAGCGGAUGCAUUUUACCCCCACUGAAGAUGACUUCCAUCAGGCUAUACAUACUCUUCUACUUCAAGUUGCUGCCUUUGCUUUCCAAUUAGAAGAGCUCAUGGUGCUUCUGGAACACAAGAUUCCCGCCAACGAGGCUGACAGGUUGUCUUCUACUGUUGGAGAUAGUGGUCUCUUUGAGAAGAAGCUGUGGGGCCUGAAGGUGCUUCAAGAGCUUUCUCAGUGGUCAGUGAGGUCCAUACAUGAUCUUCGUGUUGUUUCUUCUCGUCAGACUGGGAUCCUGGCACAUGGGAGCCAUUCUUUUGCUAAGGAUCAGAAAAUGUAGCAGUUAUCCCUCUCUCACUGCCUUGCUUUCUUCUCUAAUGGAAUAUACAUAGUUCUCUGGGGCCUCACUUUUGAAACCUUAACUUUGUGAAAACCUUUAGACCACAGGCAUUUUCAUCAAGUAGGGUUGGAGACGGACAUAUGGGCACAUAGGAUUAGUCUGGUUUGUAUGAGUGUGUGUGUGUGUGUGGUGUGUGUUUUGGGGGCACAAGGGAGUGGGGGUAGGGCACCAUCUUUACACCACAGUGCUUUAACCUCUUCUACUCACAGAAGGAAUGUAUUUUUAACCGUAGUUCUGGAUGACUCUUCUGAGAGAAGCCUGAGUCAGUGAAUUAAAAAUCAUGGACUCUAGACAAUUCAAACUCCUGGAUAAUAAAAAUAAUAGUAGCCAACAUUUGUUGAGUACUAUAUUGGGGCACACUA